AUGACGAGACUGGUAAUUCUUUUUAAAAUUGUAAAUUUUUCGUUUCUGUUUUCUAAUUACAUUUCGUUCUUUUACUUCCAAAUUCUUUCGGGCGAGUCUGCAAGAAAUCGUUUUGGCAGACCGUACAUCUCCGGAAGACCACUUUUGACCUGUGAUCGUUGGAGGAUAAUCGAAAUGUAUGUAAAAGGUAUCAAAAAAAUUAGAAUAGCUCAAGAGCUCAGAGUAACACAUAGUUGCGUCAGUAAGGUUAUUCGCAGGUACAAUGAAACUGGUGUAUUUGAAGCUCGCAGUUCUAAAACUGCAUCUUGCGCUUGUCCUGGUAGCGCAGAACAGCAUAAUUUGCAAAUUUGCAGACAUCUUCAGUAUCGUAAUGAAUUGGAAAAAUCGCAAAAUGCUGCUCCGUUUACAGUCGAUUGGUCAGUCAGUUCUUGGUGUUGA